AUGACAAUGCCAGGAUCCAUCGGCCUCAAAUUCACAGAAGAAGCAAAACCCAAACCAAAAGGUUUUCUGCCACCCAUGGUCCCUCCCAAAAUACCUGAUGGGGAGAAGGUUGACUUCGACGAUAUCCACCGUAAGCGAAUGGAGAAGGACCUGACUGAGCUACAGUCACUAAUUGAGUCACACUUUGAAAGUCGCAAAAAAGAGGAAGAGGAGCUCCUUGCCCUUAGUGCCCGUAUGGAAAAGCGCCGGACAGAAAGAGCUGAGCAGCUGAGAAUCCGGGCUGAGAAAGAAAAGGAGCGACAGAACAAGCUAGCCGAAGAAAGGGCGAGAAAAGAGGAGGAAGAAGCAAAGAGGAAAGCUGAGGAUGAUGCCAAGAAGAAGAAGGUUCUGACAGGUUUUCAGUUCAGUGGAUACAUGCAAAGGACAGAAAAGCGGGGAGGUGCAAGGAAACAAACAGAGAGAGAGAAGAAGAAAAAGAUUCUUAGCGAGCGACGUAAAGAGCUAAAUAUUGACAACCUCAAUGCUGACAAGCUCAGAGAGAAAGCCAAUGAACUCUGGAAGUGGAUGUACGAACUCGAAGCAGAGAAAUUUGAACUACAGUAUAAAUACAUGCGACAAAAGUAUGAGGUCACUGUCCUGAGAAACAGAGUCAGCGACCAUCAGAAGACUACCAAAGGAACCAGGAGCAAGAGAGGCUUGAGGAAAUAG